CCGGAGCGGCGGGGCGGGCAGCCGUGGGUGGCGGGCCACGUCGGAGGUAGCACCGAGGCAGCCUCUUCCAUUUGGGAUUCGGAAGCCCUCUCCCGCUAGACGAAAGGCCUUUCUUCCCUGCUUCCCCUGACGAUCGCCCCAGAAUCCCCGCCUCACCACAUUUGCCUUGCUUGCUUUGUGUGCUGAGAGAACCGUGAGGAGAGUGCAGUAAAAAUAAUGUGGAACUUUGAACUAGAUCAGACCCCAGCAGGUCCUGGUCUUAAACUGUCAGAAUCUCAGCGCAGUCCUCCGAAAUGGGGCGUGGGGCUCCAUCUCACUGAGAUGAGAAUCGGAACAGUUCGUAUCUCUGAAAAUGUAGGGAACACCCUAUUCCUUCAUAAUAGUAUGCAUCAAGUUUUAUACCUUGAAUCAGGAGAGACAUCUGGAUUUUAUUUUUAAAUUAAAUAUACCAAAAUGAUUAUAUAUAGCUUACAUCUGAAACAGUAAAGUCAGAAUCAGUAUGAGUUUUCAUAAGGAAAGCUGUGGGAAGGGGGCUGAAACCUGUGCUGUUAUAUGUUGGUAAUGACAUGUUAAGCGUUUAAUGAACUGACCUGACAUAUGGUUACUUAUUAGAAAAUAGUUUAAGAUGAAAGGACAUGAAAACUGCAAGAAAAUAGUUCGGAUAGCUCUUUUAAAAUAUGAGUCUGGUCAAGACCUUACAAACCCCUUAGUGGAAUUUAACAUUUUACAGUACAGUUACAGGCCCUAAGAAGAUACAGUCAUGAUUUUGGUGUUCUUGUCACUAGCAAUGAAGCUUACUAGGACAACAGAAUGUUAAACACAUGAAAUUAAGUAGAAAAAAAAAAUCAUGAGGAGUAUGUAUAACUGACUAGUUCCUGUUAGAGGCCAUUCAAAGCAAAAUUAAAUGAUAGGUCUUAAGUUCAAUGAUACAAGUAGUUCUUAAUGCAAGUUCCAUACAAAUGGCACAGAAAUCUAAGUUGAAGAUGGUGUAUCCUCAAAGCGUUAAUGGCAGAAAAAUAUAAGACAUAGCACCUCAGAGAACAAACAUUAGAGAAAUCUUAAUUGGCUCAAGAAACAAUGAAAGUGGUAACAUUUGAAAAUAGCAAAGUUCAACAAAUAUAGAUUGGAACGAGUCAAACAAUGCAGACAUAAUUUAUCUCAAGAAAGACUGCCAUAGUGCUUGAAAUGCUUUUUAUUUAGAAUAGUAGCAAAAAUGGAAAAAGAAAAAGUAAGGGAUGGUGAAAAACCAGACCCAGAAAACUCUUUGGACUUUUCUGAACAGUUUAAUCAGCUUGAAUUGUUGGAAACCCAUGGACACCUGAUUCCUACUGGUACUCAGAGUCUCUGGAUAGGCGAUUCAGAUGAAGAUGAGGAGCAAGAGGAAAAACAUGAAGAGUGGUAUCAAUUGCAAGAGAAAAAAAUGGAAAAAGAUCCAAGCAAAUUGCUUCUUUGGGCUGCUGAAAAAAAUCGGCUUGCUACAGUGCAGAGACUACUUUCUGAGAAGGCCACUGAAGUGAACACUAGGGACGAAGAUGAGUAUACCCCUCUUCACCGAGCAGCCUACAGUGGACACUUAGAUAUUGUUCGUGAGCUAGUCGCUCAGGGGGCAGAUGUUCAUGCAGUGACUGUGGAUGGCUGGACACCACUGCACAGUGCUUGUAAGUGGAAUAACACCAGGGUGGCCUCUUUCUUACUUCAGCACGAUGCAGACAUCAACGCCCAAACAAAAGGCCUCUUGACCCCUUUGCAUCUUGCUGCUGGGAACAGAGACAGCAGGGACACCCUGGAACUCCUCCUGAUGAAUCGCUACAUCAAACCAGGGCUGAAGAACAACUCACAAGAAACUGCUUCCGAUAUCGCCAGGAGGACAAGCAUCUAUCACUACCUCUUUGAAAUCGUGGAAGGCUGUACAAACUCUUCACCUCCGUCUUAAUGGCUCUAGUGAUUUUCUUAAGCUUCAAAGUACCAGUGCCUCCUAUGUAUGAGAUGUAAAAUACCCCAUAUACAGAGAGCAGAUGUCUCACUACAGAAAUUUUGUUGUAUGCAUCACAGUUUUCUUCCAGGUAACAUGCCUAACCUUGAUGUCAAAUGUAUUUGAGAGGAGUUUGGAUGCAUCUGUGGUGAAUGAUGCAGAGCUUGUGAUUUUUAUCAGAGAUAACUUUAGCUGGACAUGGGUAAUACAGAAGCAAAGGAUAUUUUUUUGGUGCUGAUCCAAAAGAAAAGUAUUUUUAAAUAUCCCAUACCCUGAGUCUUUGUUCAGUGUUUAGCAUACUGACUUGUAUUUUUAUAAGCUAAGAUGACUCCAGAUUCUCAUCUUCCACUGGUGCAGCUCCGCUGUCUUCUCUGCAUCUCCAGCUGCUUUCAUUCUAAACAGGAAACACUAACAAAUUAGUGACUUCCAUCUUUCGAAGUUUCAGAAAAUAGUGGAACGUUUAGGUGUUUUGUAAGAUGUAGGCCAUUUGGAGGAAAGCAGUUUAGGGAGAUGUCUAAUCUUGAAUGUUGUACACUGCCUCCCCCACCACAUUCCUCAUAAUCCUGUGGACAGUCCUACCUCACCCUGGUCAACCCAUGUGAUCCUUCUUUUAUGACCAGUCAGUGUCUCCUCUUAGACAUGCACAAAACUGAACCUUGGUCCAGGAGGUUAAAACUGCCCUCCGACGGGUCCACCUAUCUCUCUCCCUGCUGGAUCGGGCCUUCCUUACCUAGACUCAUGAGUUCCAGGAAAUGUCCACCACUACCCCCACAGCCCUCAUUUUCUACAAGCCAUGACGAAGGGACAAGGACUUGGAACGGUGAGGAGUGAUUGUCACACAGGACAGACUGACAAGAGGCUGAGGCUUUCUUACAGAAGCAGGCAGUAUGGAUGGCGACACGGUGUGUAGAAAUAGAGUGAGCUCUGACGCUGCAGGAGGCGUGAGUUCUUUUCCACCUUGAUAGAACUUCCCGGCAUCUGUGGCACACUUUUUCAGACUACAUUAACUUUCUCCUCCUGGUGCCUGCAACAUAGUUUGUGAUGGACUCCCUAGCCCCUCUGUUCCCAAAGGGUCUUCUCACCGUGAGAACUUGGGUCCUAGGGAAAGGCCACUGGGACUCAUCCUUGUUGUCAACUUAGACUUGCCUAGGAGAUGCACCGCUAGCAUGUCUGAAAGGGAGUUUCUAGAAAGAUUUAACUGAAUCGAGAAUACAUACCCAGAUGUGGAUGGCACCAUCACAUGGGCUCAAGUCCCAGAUUAAAUAAAAAGGAGAAAGCAAGCUAAGAACCAGUGUUUGUCUCUGCUUCCUCACUAGUACGGUGUGACCAGCUACCUCACACACUGCCACGCCUUCCUCACCAGGUACCUCACACUGCCACGCCUUCCUAACUGGUACGGUGUGACCAGCUACCUCACACACACUACCACGUCUUCCUCACCAUGUCGACUGCCUCUUACACCAUAUGAUACAUUUUUCCUUAAGGUGGAUUUUGUUUUGUUUUGUUUUUUAAGUGUUUGGUCACAGCAAGAAGAAAAGGAACACACUAAAAUAGUUGUCCUUUCUAAUGUCAUUUUUAAAUGUUGACCUAAUUUUGUCUUUUGGGCUAACCCGUAUAACUCUGUCAACUUAGAUUAAAUAAUGAUUGUUUAAUCAAA